AUGGCGUCGUCGAUUUCUGCGGACGAGUUCAAGGACGCUCUCGCUCGGUACCCAGCUGUUAUCCAAAAGUUCAGCAAGACUCGUAAGGCUGGGUCUGCGUCGCUGGAAGAACUGGACAAGUUCCGUUACCAGGUUGCGCCGAUCAACUUCUCGAUGAAAACAGGAAGACUCAUGGCAAUGGAUGACUUGAAGAAGCUGGUUGAGUGGAAGCUUAACCACGGCAUUUACCGCCCGACAAUGACGAAGAUGAUUGCCUCCAACACCAACGAGAAGCUCGAGGCUGCUACCACAGCCGCCUUCGCUGCCUACGCCAAUGGAGAAUCCAUCUCAGCCGUCAUCGAAAAGAUCAAGGAGCCUCUCAAGGGCGUCGGACCAGCAACUGCAUCUCUUAUCCUCGCCGUCCACGACCCACAGAACAUCAUCUUCUUCUCGGACGAGCUCUUUAGAUGGUUGACGGCUGGUGGAAAGAAGGUCAAGAUCACAUAUUCCACGAAGGAGUUUGAGACGCUGUUCAAGGCCGCUGGUAACUUCAUGUCGAAGAUCAAGUGCACACCAAUUGAGUUGGAGAAAGUCGCGUUCGUGCUGAUUAAAGAGAAUGAGCCUGUUCAUGAGCCUAAGCCUAAGUAUGAGCCUAGCGGUAGGCCUCGUGGUCGCCCUGCAAUGGCUGAGAGCGAGAAGAAACCUAAGAAGCCUACUGUUCCUGGUCGUGGUCGUGGCCGUCCUCCCAAGAGCGAUGCUGAGAAAACCGCGGCUGCUAAGACCAAGGCUGCUUUGAAACCUGCCCCAAAACCCCAGCCAGCUAAGAUCGAGAAAGCCCCCAAGACCAACCCAGCCAAGGAGGCCAGCACCCCCAAGAAGCGUGGUCGUCCAGCAGCUGCUGACGUAGAGGAGGAGAGCAGAACCCCCGCCAAGCGUGGCCGUCCAUCUAAGGGCGAGGCAGAGGAGACUGCUUCAAAGAAGCGUGGUCGUCCCGCCAGCGUUGCCCCUCACACCAAGACGCCAUCGAGCAUGAAGCGCGAACGUCUAUCCUUGGCCUCGGCAGCUGAGGAAAAGACCCCAGUAACCAAAAAGAGAAAGACAUCCGCUACGCCUGCUUCGUCUGCGCCCGCGUCUUCGGCAAAGAAAAGCGGCAAAAAAGCCAAGGCUUAA